UCUAAAUAAGGAAGCCACACAAACGCUAGGGAAGAUAUGCAGCCGGGGCAGAGGGCUUCUAGAGUUGGGCGAAAUGAAAUAGAAAGAGGACGAAGAAUGCAGAUGAAAGCUCAUUUUUCAAGGCUUGCCUCUCUCAUACCUACCAAAGAGAGACUGGCAUUACCUUCGUUGUUGGAUCAAUCCACUUCUUACAUAAGGCAACUGAAACAGCGCUUGGAAGAACUAAGGAAAAGAAGGGAAAAACUCCAAGGUGAUAGAGCUGUCAUUGAAGAACAGAGGGAUAGCUUGAUGUUACCAGUACUUGCUAUUAGAGAGGUGGGUUCAGCUCUGGAGAUAAAUUUGAUAACUGGGGUGAAUCAGAACUGCCUAUUGUAUGAAAUUUUCAGUGUUCUUCGUGAAGAAGGUGCUGAAGUUCUGACUGCUAGCUGCUCAACUGUGGGUUCAAGGACAUUCUAUUCCAUUUAUUCACAGACAAUUAAGGGCAGUUGCUGUACAAGGCUUGGUCAAGGAAGACAGUUAACAGGUGGAAAUUGA